GCGCGACACGAAGGCCACACCUCGGAGCCCCACACACGCACUCCCCUCGCCCUCGCCCUCGCCGGCGCGCCGCCCCUCUCCGGCCCUGCGCCGCCGUGGUCGCCCUAGACCCCCCUCCCCCCUCCGGCAUCCACUGUCGGCGGGCGGCCGCGAAAAAGGUGCGUUUCCUAUCGCUCGCCGUUUUGCCCGCCAAUAGCAAGCGGAAGCUGGGGGAAUCUGCGGUGGCUUUUUCGCCUCGUUGUGCCGUGUCAUCUCCUCCUCCUCCUCCUGCCGAUGAUGAUGCUGCUGAUGCCGAGAUCCAUCCUCAUCACUGCUGCAGACGCAGCCCCGAGAGGGAAGAAACAAGGAGCUCAACCCAGAGUGAUGGCGCCUCGUCGUGGGGUCACCAGAGUAUAUAUUGAGAAGAGAUUGGGAGUAGGAGGGGGAAAUGCAUCAAGCCUGCAAGACAUGGUAGUAAUACACAGGAAGGAGCUCCAGGCAAGGACAAGGGACCAGCUCCAGACAUUGGAGUUAUCUACGUCUUUGUACGACACGGCGUGGGUGGCCAUGGUGCCACUGCGGGGUUCCCGUCAGCAUCCGUGUUUCCCACAAUGCGUGGAGUGGAUAUUACAAAACCAGCAGGAUGAUGGAUCUUGGGGUACAAGAGGAUUCGGCGUGGCGGUCACAAGAGAUGUUCUGUCGUCUACGUUGGCGUGUGUUCUUGCACUCAAGAGAUGGAAUGUUGGGCAGGAGCACAUCAGGAGAGGACUAGAUUUUAUUGGAAGGAAUUUCUCCAUUGCCAUGGAUGAGCAGAUUGCUGCUCCUGUUGGUUUCAACAUCACUUUUCCUGGUAUGCUUAGCCUUGCCAUGGGGAUGGAUUUAGAAUUCCCUGUCAGACAGACGGAUGUUGAUAGACUUCUUCACCUCCGGGAGAUAGAACUGGAAAGAGAGGCUGGAGACCAUUCUUAUGGAAGAAAGGCAUAUAUGGCUUAUGUCACAGAAGGAUUAGGAAACCUGUUGGAGUGGGAUGAGAUUAUGAUGUUCCAGAGGAAGAAUGGAUCAUUUUUCAACUGUCCUUCCACAACUGCUGCCACAUUAGUCAACCACUAUAACGAUAAAGCCCUCCAGUACUUAAAUUGUCUGGUUAGUAAAUUUGGCAGUGCAGUACCAACAGUGUAUCCACUAAACAUAUAUUGUCAGCUUUCAUGGGUGGAUGCACUUGAAAAGAUGGGAAUUUCUCAGUAUUUUGUCAGUGAGAUAAAGAGCAUCCUAGACACAACAUACGUUUCAUGGUUAGAAAGAGAUGAGGAAAUUAUGCUGGACAUAACAACAUGUGCAAUGGCUUUUCGCCUGUUAAGGAUGAAUGGGUAUCAUGUUUCCUCAGUCGAGUUAUCUCCUGUUGCUGAAGCUUCCAGUUUCCGUGAAUCACUUCAAGGAUAUUUAAAUGAUAAGAAAUCUCUAAUCGAAUUAUACAAGGCUUCAAAAGUCAGUAAAUCAGAAAAUGAAUCAAUCUUAGAUAGCAUAGGCUCUUGGUCAGGUAGCUUAUUGAAGGAAAGUGUGUGCUCUAAUGGGGUGAAAAAAGCUCCAAUCUUUGAAGAGAUGAAGUAUGCUCUUAAGUUUCCCUUCUACACCACACUGGACCGUCUAGAUCACAAGAGGAACAUUGAACGUUUUGAUGCAAAGGAUUCCCAGAUGUUAAAGACGGAAUACUUGCUUCCUCAUGCCAAUCAAGAUAUUCUAGCUUUGGCUGUUGAAGAUUUCAGUAGUUCUCAAUCUAUAUACCAGGAUGAACUUAAUUAUCUUGAGUGUUGGGUGAAAGAUGAAAAGCUCGAUCAGCUGCCAUUUGCACGCCAGAAGUUGACAUAUUGCUACCUUUCUGCUGCUGCUACCAUAUUCCCCCGUGAAUUGUCUGAAGCCCGCAUUGCAUGGGCUAAAAAUGGUGUACUGACAACUGUUGUUGAUGACUUCUUUGAUCUUGGGGGAUCAAAAGAAGAACUAGAAAACCUCAUUGCUUUAGUUGAGAAGUGGGAUGGACAUCAAGAGGAGUUCUACUCAGAACAAGUAAGAAUAGUUUUUUCUGCUAUUUAUACUACAGUGAACCAGCUUGGAGCAAAGGCUUCUGCAUUACAAGGCCGUGAUGUUACAAAACACCUAACAGAAAUAUGGUUAUGUCUGAUGAGGUCUAUGAUGACCGAAGCUGAAUGGCAGAGGACAAAAUAUGUGCCGACAAUGGAAGAAUAUAUGGCAAAUGCUGUUGUCUCAUUUGCACUGGGACCUAUUGUGCUCCCGACUCUGUAUUUCGUAGGACCGAAGCUCCAAGAGGAUGUCGUCAGGGAUCAUGAGUACAAUGAAUUAUUUAGACUGAUGAGCACUUGUGGGCGUCUCCUGAAUGACAGCCAAGGCUUUGAGAGGGAGAGCCUGGAGGGAAAGCUGAACAGUGUCUCACUGCUUGUUCAUCACAGUGGUGGUUCUAUCUCCAUAGACGAGGCUAAAAUGAAAGCCCAGAAAUCCAUAGACACUUCCAGGAGGAACUUGUUAAGAUUGGUCCUUGGAGAACAGGGUGCUGUUCCUAGGCCAUGCAAGCAGCUGUUCUGGAAGAUGUGCAAGAUUGUUCACAUGUUCUACUCUCGGACUGAUGGGUUUAGCUCGCCGAAGGAAAUGGUUAGUGCAGUGAAUGCAGUCGUCAAGGAGCCACUUAAACUCAAAGUGAGUGAUCCAUAUGGCUCUAUUUUGUCGGGCAAUUGAGUGCUUCUCCGUUCUGUUUUAUCAGGGAUAUCAGCAACGAGCUUUAUACAGGUUGAUAUUUCUUUUCUUUUUCUUUACGAUAAGGGUUUAAAUCCUAGUACCCACGAUUAUAGCUGCUGUGUGCUUUAAGUAUAAUAAAUUUUACACUCUUACCAUUUUUUUUUAAUGUAAAUGUUGGUAUAUAUUGGUACCUGACAUAAUCAGAAGCACCAAAUUAUACA